UUGUAGUGAAAUUGAAUAUGAAAUUAUUAUUUCUAGUGAUUGCCCUUUGCGGCGUCACUAUCAGAGCGCAGGCCCCUUGCACUACAACGACAUGUCUGAUUAAUUGCCCUCUGGACCCACGGUGCCCACCGUACAAUCCUAUCAAGGCAGUACUGCUUCCACAUACCAUCUGUGCGAAAUUCUUGAAAUGUCACGACGGUCGUGCCUGUACAUACGACUGCCCAGCUGGACUACACUUCAACAGCGUCAAGAUGGCCUGCGAUUGGCCUCAACAUGCUUGCUGUGAUCCAUCUGUUCCCUGCAUGCCUGACCCAUGCGGUCCAGGAAGUGGUUGUGACGGAUCACAACCACCACCGCCACCACCACCGCCACCACCACCACCACCACCACCACCACCACCACCACCACCAGGACCAUGCCCACCAAUAAUCUGCCCUACCCCAACACCACCUUGCAGCGGAGGAGGAAACAACUGUGACAACUGUGAUCCAAACCCACUAUGUCCACUAUUUAACCCACCGAAGCCAUUACUUCUCCGCCACAACAAUUGCUCCAAGUACUACAAGUGUGAAACCGGAAGAGCGUGUGAAAUGAUGUGCCCUCCAGGACUGCAUUUCAAUGUUGCUAAACAAGUGUGUGAUUGGCCGUGGUUUGCAUGCUGCGAUCCGACUAUGGAAUGCAGACCAAACCCCUGUGAUACCAACGAAUGUCCACCAUCCAAUAUGCCACCAACCUGUAUCGCCGGAUGGAACUGCCAGCAGCGGUAUAUGUCCGUUGUAGUGAAAUUGAAUAUGAAAUUAUUAUUUCUAGUGAUUGCCCUUUGCGGCGUCACUAUCAGAGCGCAGGCCCCUUGCACUACAACGACAUGUCUGAUUAAUUGCCCUCUGGACCCACGGUGCCCACCGUACAAUCCUAUCAAGGCAGUACUGCUUCCACAUACCAUCUGUGCGAAAUUCUUGAAAUGUCACGACGGUCGUGCCUGUACAUACGACUGCCCAGCUGGACUACACUUCAACAGCGUCAAGAUGGCCUGCGAUUGGCCUCAACAUGCUUGCUGUGAUCCAUCUGUUCCCUGCAUGCCUGACCCAUGCGGUCCAGGAAGUGGUUGUGACGGAUCACAACCACCACCGCCACCACCACCGCCACCACCACCACCACCACCACCACCACCACCACCACCACCAGGACCAUGCCCACCAAUAAUCUGUCCUACCCCAACACCACCUUGCAGCGGAGGAGGAAACAACUGUGACAACUGUGAUCCAAACCCACUAUGUCCACUAUUUAACCCACCGAAGCCAUUACUUCUCCGCCACAACAAUUGUUCCAAGUACUACAAGUGUGAAACCGGAAGAGCGUGUGAAAUGAUGUGCCCUCCAGGACUGCAUUUCAAUGUUGCUAAACAAGUGUGUGAUUGGCCGUGGUUUGCAUGCUGCGAUCCGACUAUGGAAUGCAGACCAAACCCCUGUGAUACCAACGAAUGUCCACCAUCCAAUAUGCCACCAACCUGUAUCGCCGGAUGGAACUUGAAAUUGAAUAUGAAAUUGUUGUGUCUAGUGAUUGCCCUUUGCGGCGUCACUAUCAGAGCGCAGGCCCCUUGCACUACAACGACAUGUCUGAUUAAUUGCCCUCUGGACCCACGGUGCCCACCGUACAAUCCUAUCAAGGCAGUGCUUAUUCCACAUACCAUCUGUGCGAAAUUCUUGAAAUGUCACAACGGUCGUGCCUGUACAUACGACUGCCCAGCUGGACUACACUUCAACCGCGUCAAGAUGGCCUGCGAUUGGCCUCAACAGGCUUGCUGUGAUCCAUCUGUUCCCUGCAUGCCUGACCCAUGCGGUCCAGGAACUGGUUGUCCCGGACCACAACCACCACCGCCACCACCACCGCCACCACCACCGCCACCACCACCACCACCACCACCACCACCACCACCACCACCAGGACCAUGCCCACCAAUAAUCUGUCCUACCCCAACACCACCUUGCAGCGGAGGAGGAAACAACUGUAACAACUGUGAUCCAAACCCACUAUGUCCACUAUUUAACCCACCGAAGCCAUUACUUCUCCGCCACAACAAUUGUUCCAAGUACUACAAGUGUGAAACCGGAAGAGCGUGUGAAAUGAUGUGCCCUCCAGGACUGCAUUUCAAUGUUGCUAAACAAGUGUGUGAUUGGCCGUGGUUUGCAUGCUGCGAUCCGACUAUGGAAUGCAGACCAAACCCCUGUGAUACCAACGAAUGUCCACCAUCCAAUAUGCCACCAACCUGUAUCGCCGGAUGGAACUGCUUGAAAACAACAAAUAUGAAAUAUUUCAUACUCACACUGGCCCUAUUUGGGGCUACUACCAAUGGCCAAGCUCCGUGCACGGAUUCCUGUUGGCAAGCAUGUCCAAUUGACAGCCGUUGCCCUGCUACUAAUGGAGCAAAAGUUACCCUUCUGCCAUAUCUCAAUGAUUGCACAAAGUAUGUGAGUUGUGAAAGUGGUCAUGGCUGCGAACGUGUCUGCCCCGCUGGACUUCAUUUCAACGCCAGGGAAAUGAUUUGUGACUGGCCAUCAAGGGCCUGUUGUGAUAAAUCUAUAAUCUGCUUGGAGGAUGAUAUAGAUAGGAACUGCAUGGCACACCCCAGCUGCGUUGGUGUCAGCUCAAUGGAAGCGGUUCUCCUGCCCCAUGCCGAUUGUUCUAAAUUCUACAAGUGUGACAGAAAUGAAGCUUGCCCAUAUGAUUGCCCACCAGGGCUGCACUUCAACACGGACGAGAUGGCUUGCGAUUGGCCGUGGCGAGCAUGUUGCGAUCCCAGCGUAGAAUGCAAGAAACCAUGUGAUGUCAACACCUGCCCACCAGGUCCAACUCCAGCUCCAACUCCAGCUCCAACUCCAGCCCCAACUCCAGCUCCAACUCCAGCCCCAACGCCAGCUCCAACUCCAGCCCCAACUCCUGCUCCAACACCUGCCCCUACCCCGGCUCCAACACCAGCACCAACACCAGCACCAACACCUGCCCCAACACCGGCACCAACACCUGCCCCAACACCACCUAACGAUGACUGCAACACUGGAUGCCCGGAUUUCAACUGCCACCCGAACCAACUCUGUCUGACUACGGUCGGAUCUGGACAGGCUAUUCUUCUGCCUCACUUCAACUGCGGAAAAUUCUACAAGUGCAAGAAUGGUUCGGAUUUGGCCUGUGAAAUGAUCUGUCCACCAGGACUUCACUUCAACGACGAAAAGCUCAAUAUGUUCAAAUCGUUGGUAAUACUUGCCUUCGUUGGCCAAGUAUUAUCCCAGGAUUGUGGAAUAUGUCCUCAAGGACCAUGUCAACCGGAUCUCAGAUGUCUAGCACCUCAGGAUCCAAUGAAUCCAUUAAAACUGCCACAUCCAACUAAUUGUGGAAAGUUUUUCAUAUGUAGUGGUGGCAACGCGUGUGAGAUGAGCUGCCCUGCUGGCUUACACUGGAGCAUACAGAACAAUCGUUGUGAAUGGCCUCACAUAGCCUGUUGUGAUCCGAACGUUGAAUGUCGGCCGUGUCCAGAUGAAUGUUUACCACCAUCACCAGCUCCUACGCCAGCUCCUACGCCAGCUCCAACACCAGCUCCAACACCAGCACCAACACCGGCACCCACCACGCCCAAUGAUCCUUGCCUUCCGUGUGUGACUCAGUGCUUCGAUGACAACAGAUGUCCUUUGAAUGACGACCCUAUGAAUCCCUUGCUUCUACCACAUGAAAAUGAUUGCACAAGAUUCUACAAGUGCUCCAAUGGUCAGCGAUGUUUGAUGCAGUGUCGUGCAGGAGAACAUUUCAGCCAAACUCUGCAACGAUGCGAAUGGCCCAACUAUGCCUGCUGCGAUCCAACCCUUCCAUGCGAACCAUUCCCCGAUCCAAGUGAUCCUUGUUGGCCUGACGUGUGUCCUGCUCCAGACUGUCGACCAGAUAUUGGAUGCCCAUCAAUAGACGAUCCUAUGAAUCCAAUCCACUUACCAAAUCACGCAAGCUGCCUAUCGUUCUACAAGUGUCUGCAAGGGCAGGCUUGUCUUAUCCCCUGCCCGAUCGGUCAGCAUUGGAGUCAAGCUUUACAACGUUGCGAAUGGCCUCACAUUGCCUGCUGCGAUACGAACGUAGUAUGCUGUGCUCAGUGCGUCGUAAAUAGACGACAGGAGUUAGCCAGAAUUUUUGGUAUUAAAAUGUACGACUAAUUUAUACACAUUUGAUAUACUGUUGAAAUAGAAAAUCUGCACAUAUACCAUGAAUAAAAUGAAAGAGAAAUAUA